AUGCUAUACUGCAGCAGUAGUAGCAGCAGCGCUACAAGCAGUAAGGUGCAGCAAUGCAGCGUGACAGCAGCAACGGCAGCAGCGGCGGCGGCGGCGGCAGCGGCGACGACGACUAUCGAAGGUUCGUUUUCCAGUUUUCUUUUGCAUUUUUAUUUUGUUCCUGUGCCGCUUUCACUUGCCGAAAAUAAUCCAUCAAUGUGA